AGGAACUAACUAGCACAGAUUCCACUCCAGGUAGUGUUGCUACACGGAUCACAAUAUUGAGAGCGCAAACAUGGCGACGUCCUUACUACGAAUAGGACGACUCGGGUCGCUCAAGGGCGUCCAUCGUGGAGCAUGGAGCCUCCUGAGGGCCCCCCCUGCAGCCUCGCUCUGCUCCAAUCCGCAGGAGCCCAAGACGCCGACGCCGCCUCCACGUGCUAAAGUCUCCACGAUAUUGGGAGAGGAGGAGCGGGCCGCUCUGCUGGCCUAUAAGACGCCCGUCUCCUUCCCUGUUAAGCUCCUCCCCCCUAGUGCCUCUCAACCCGUGCUAGCAGCAGCUGCCGAGGCAACACACUCAGCCAUCGCAGAACCCGCCAUCGCAGAACCCGCCAUCGCAGAACCCGCCAUCGCAGACGCCACUCCAGCACCACCUCCUGCAGAGCCCGCUAGCGCCGCGGCUGCUCCAGAAGCGAGCUCGGAGCCCGCAGCCUCUGCAACGUUGGCAGCUCCAGAGCCAGAAGCAGCAGCAGAAACCAUAGUGACGGAAGCAGCAGCUGAAACCAUAGUAACGGAAGCAGCAGAAACAGAAACCGUAGUAACGGAAGCAGCAGCAGGAGAAACCAUAGUGACGGAAGCAGCAGAAACAGAAACCGUAGUAACGGAAGCAGCAGCAGCAGAAACCGUAGUAACGGAAGCAGCAACAGCAGAAACCGUAGUAACGGAAGCAGCAGCAGCAGAAACCGUAGUGACGGAAGCAGCAGCUGAAACCAUAGUAACGGAAGCAGCAGAAACAGAAACCGUAGUAACGGAAGCAGCAGCAGUAGGAGAAACCAUAGUGACGGAAGCAGCAGCAGCAGAAACCGUAGUGACGGAAACAGCAGCAGCAGAAACCGUAGUGACGGAAGCAGCAGCAGCAGAAACCGUAGUAACGGAAGCAGCAGCAGCAGAAGCCGUAGUGACGGAAGUUGUGGCAGCAGAAACGGAGACCAAAGGAGCUGUGACACCAGAAGUUGCUGCAGAGGAAGUGAAGACGGAAGCUGUGACCCCAGAAGUUACCGUGGAAACGACAACAGCAGAAGCGGUGACCUCAGAAGCUCCAUCUACUGGUGACGCUGCAGCCGAGCCUGUCGUUGCCAUGGCAGCAGCACCUGCUGAUAAGGAUGCCGCCUCCUCUUCAUCCUCUUCCAGCGAUUCGGACUCCGACUCAGACUCGGACUCGGACUCUGAGACGUCUGCAGAGGCCGCAGGGAAGCCUGAAGUGUCAGCCGAGCCGAAGGCCGGAGCCCCACAAGUGCUCUCUGCAGUGGCCGCCUCCCCAGAGGUUGCCGUGGAUACCGCUCCAGGAGUCCUACCCCCAGAACCAGCACAGGAAGCACUUGGAGCCGCCACUGAAGCCGUAACCGAGGCCACUGAAGCCGUAACCGAGGCCGUAACCGAGGCCACUGAAGCAGUAACCGAGGCCACUGAAGCAGUAACCGAGGCUGUAACCGAGGCGGUAACUAAGGCUGUAAGCGAGGCGGUAACCGAGGCGGUAGAGGCCGCUUCUGAAGCGGUGGUGGCAGCUGUGACUGAAGCCGUUGCCCCAGCGGCGGAGGAGCUGGUGGAUGUUGCCCCAGUUGUAGGAACUGCAGCUGAAGCAGAAGCUGAAACUGAAGUUGUCCCUGUAGAAGCUGAAGCUGUCCCUGCUGAAGAGCUGGUGGAUGUUGCCCCAGUCGUAGGAACUGCAGCUGAAGCUGCCCCUGCUGAAGCCGAAGCUGCCCCUGCCGAAGCUGCCCCUGUUGAAGCUGCCCCUGUUGAAGCUGAAGCUGCCCCUGCUGAAGCCGAAACUGCCCCACUAGAAGCGGAGGCUGCCCCGCUAGAAGAGCUGGUUGAUGCCGCCCCUGUUCUAGCUGCAGAUGCCCCUGUAGAAGCUGAAGAUGCCCCUGUUCUAGCUGCAGAUGCCCCAGUAGAAGCUGAAGAUGCCCCUGUAGAAGCUGAAGAUGCCCCUGUUCUAGCUGCAGAUGCCCCAGUAGAAGCUGCAGAUGCCCCUGUUGUAGCUGAAGAUGCCCCUGUUGUAGAAACUACAGCCGCGGCCGCUCCUGCUGAAGCUGCUCCAGUAGAAGAGCUGGUUGAUGGCGCCGCUGUUCUAGCUGCAGCUGAAGCAGAAUCUGUGGAGGAGCUGGUGGACCCAGCAGCUGUGGUGCUGACGGAAGCCCCAGCCACCGAGCCCCCAGAGGAGCCGGAGCCUUUCAAUAACACCUCGUACCAGAACCUGCAGCAUCACAAGUACGAUGAGUACACCUUCGCUGACCUGGACGUGGAGAUGAGCAAAUACCGCCUGCCCCAGCCGUCCGCUAAACGACCCUCAGCACUCCAGUGAACACACACACAUACACACACACACCUGUCCCAGCCAUCGUCUGGAUGAUCAUCACUGAACACACACACAUACACACACACACCUGUCCCAGCCAUCGUCUGGAUGAUCAUUACUGAACACACACACACACACACACACACCUGUCCCAGCCAUCGUCUGGAUGAUCAUCACUGAACACACACACAUACACACACACACCUGUCCCAGCCAUCGUCUGGAUGAUCAUCACUGAACACACACACACACACACACACACCUGUCCCAGCCAUCGUCUGGAUGAUCAUCACUGAACACACACACAUACACACACACACACACCUGUCCCAGCCAUCGUCUGGAUGAUCAUCACUGAACACACACACACACACACACACCUUUCCCACCCCUGGUAUGGACAACCCUCACCAUUAAACAAACACACACAAUAUACAUCACACACACACACACACACACACACACACACACACACACACACACACACACACACACACACACACACACACACACACACACACACACACACACACACACACACACACACACACACAUUCCCUUCCGUGGCCCCUCUGCUCCAUGUGUGAAGCCCUUAUACGUGUGGAGUCUGUAUUAGACCUAAUAAAUGACUUAUGAUAUUAAACUAAGA